AUCCCAGGUCUGUGGCAGAGGCAGGACUGCGAGAGGGCGCUCAGCAGGCUCCGCUCGGGAACGCACACCCACUCAGAGGGAGAGCUGGGGGGGGGGCGGCAGACGGAGAGGAAUAAUUACGGGACAGCCCUCCAGAGACUUCACUGCUCAGCCUGGAGGGAGAAGGGAACCCCUCAGCAGCACGGCCGUAGGCAACGCUGAAACCAGAGCAGACUGCGAGAGGAGAGACUGGGAGAGACCACUGGGGGGGGGGAGGGGAAACUGGGACUGAGGUCCUGAAGACAGCCAGCAGAGCUCCUCGGGUUGGAAAGAGCCAGUGAGCAUUAGGGGUCCCAGCUAGACUAGCCAGGGUCCGCAUCCGGAUCAGCCACCAGCAACUGGAGGCAGGCGGACACUGCCUCUGGGAACACCGGCUGGGCAGACUGGGUACAGCCCACUGCAGACCAGCACGCCACAGGGGGGCAGAGAUUGGCCGGAUUGGGACUCCUGACCCGCACAGAGUGGAGUACAGGUCCAGAGGAUCACCGAGGGGACAGAGUGCCGCCUAGCUCGUCGCACCUGCAGGCGUUGGAAUCUGCACUCGGAGCUCCGACUGGGAUCGGCACGGAGCCGGAGACUGGCCCCCAGCACUGGCACGGCUAGCUCCGAGACGCUCUCGUCUUCUUUCCUCCUGACGAACCGGCUCCGUAGGAGUGUGGAGGAGCAGUUGCAUCCGGAGAGGAGAGGGGAUAUCUCACGGGGAUCAUGUGCCCAAAGAAAAGCUCGGCGCAGAGCGAAGAGGUUCCAUUUUGAAGGCAGAAGAUUACUGAUUUUUUGCCUGCCUGCCGCCGACGACAUCCCAGUCUGGAACAUGCCCGGUCUGCCGGGAGAGGGGAGAGUGCAGAGUCAGUGAGACUCCCUGCCUGGAUGCCUGCCUCCCCCCGGCGCCCGAUGAUCUCUCACUACCCCCUGGCCUCGCUGCUGUCCUGGCCCCCUGGCACCCCUGAGGCCCCCAGUCUGGGGCUGGAGCUGCUGGGGGAGGAUGGGGGGGUGUCUCUGCAGAGGUACCAGCCCCGCUCCCCAGACAGCACCCCGCGACACUGGCAGAGCUCGGUGCAGGACUGGGGGGAGGAGGUGGAGGAGGGGGCCAUCUACAAUGUCACUCUGAAGAGGAUCCAGAUCCAGCAGGCAGCCAACAAGGGAGCACGGUGGCUGGGGGCGGAAGGAGACCGGCUUCCCCCCGGCCACACGGUCAGCCAGCUGGAGACCUGCAAGAUCCGCAGCAUCCGGGCGGGCACGCUGGAGAGGCUGGUGGAGACGCUGCUGACCGCGUUCGGGGACAACGACCUCACCUACACCAGCAUCUUCCUGUCCACCUACCGGGCCUUCGCCAGCACGGCCGCCGUGCUGCGUCUGCUCCUCGACCGGUUCGGGAAUGAAGGUGAGGGCGUGGAGAAUGAGCCCCCCAGCCCCACUGACACCCGCGGAGCAGUGCGCAAUGCUCUGGCCUCCAUCCUGCGCGCCUGGCUGGAUCAGUGUCCGGAGGAUUUCCAGGAGCCUCCGGAAUACCCCAACCUGCACCGCGUGCUGGGGUACCUGCAGAGGGCGCUGCCGGGGUCGGAGCCGGCGCGGCGAGCUCGGAGCCUGCUGGAGCAGCUCCGGGGGCAGGCGGCCCAGGACCCCGACCCGGAGGGUGGUUUCCAAGGCAACACUGCCUUCUGCUUGGGAGAAGAGGAGGAAGUAGAGAUCGAGGUGCCGGAGGACUUCCUGUCUUUCGAGGCCGACCUGGUGGCCGAACAGCUGACGUACAUGGACGCGGAGCUGUUUAAGAAGGUGGUGCCCCAUCACUGCCUGGGCUCCAUCUGGUCCCAGCGGGACAAGAAGGAGAACAAGCAGAGCGCCCCCACCAUCCGCGCCACCAUCACGCAGUUCAACGCGGUGGCGGCCUGCGUGGUGAGCACCGUGCUGCGCGGGCGCGAGCUGCGGCCCAACCUCCGCGCCCGCAUCAUCGAGCGCUGGAUCGACAUCGCGCAGGAGUGCCGAAUCCGGAAGAAUUUCUCGUCCCUGCGAGCCAUCGUCUCGGCGCUGCAGUCCAACCCCCUGUACCGCCUCAAACGGACCUGGGCCUGCGUGCACAAGGACAGCAUGCAGACCUUUGACGAGUUGUCUGGUAUCUUCUCGGAUCAUAACAACUACCUGACCAGCCGCGAGCUCCUCAUGAAGGAGGGGACGUCCAAGUUCGCCAGUCUGGAGAGCAGCGUGAAGGAGCACCAGAAGCGCACUCACAAGAGACUGCAGCUGCAGAGGGACACGGGUGCAAUGCAGGGGACAGUGCCUUACCUGGGCACGUUUCUGACGGACCUCACCAUGCUGGACACGGCGCUCCCCGACUUUGUGGAGAACGGCCUGAUCAACUUUGAGAAGAGGCGCAGGGAGUUUGAAGUGAUCGCCCAGAUCAAGCUCCUGCAGUCGGCCUGCAACAGUUACUGCCUGACGCCCGACCCCGGCUUCCUGCGCUGGUUCCGCAGCCAGCCACAGUACAGCGAGGAGGAGAGUUACACUCUGUCCUGCGGCAUUGAAGGACUGGGCGACAGCAGCCCCACCUCCCCGAAGCCACGCAAGAGCAUGGUCAAGAGGCUGAGUCUGCUGUUUCUGGGGUCGGAGGCCGUGGUGAGCAGCACGCCGGUGAAGGAGAGCCCGAGGUCGCCCCCCAGUGGCAGCUCUGGGGAGAGCAUGGACUCUGUCAGCGUGUCCUCCAGCGACUCCAGCCCCUCUGAGCCCGAAGGCAGCCUCACCCCCACCCACUCGCCUGAUGGGCCCCCCAAAAAGCUCUCGGAGUCCUCGUCCUGCUCGUCUCUGCACUCCAUGGACACGUCCUCGUCCUCGGCCAGCGUGACGGUGCCGCCCUCGCCCUCCCUGCCCGCGCCCCUGCCCGCGCACCGCCGCUCCUGCUCCCUGUCGCCCACCUCGCCCGGCCCGGCGCCGCCCGCCUACAACCCGCAGGGCCAGGACUCCUGCAUCGUCCGCGUCAGCCUGGAGCAGGGCAACGGCAACCUCUACAAGAGCAUCCUGCUCACCAGCCAGGACAAGACCCCGGCCGUGAUCACCAGGGCGAUGACCAAACACAACCUGGAGGGGGAGCCGGCGGACAGCUACGAACUGGUGCAGGUCAUUUCGGAGGAGAGAGAGCUGGUGAUCCCGGACAACGCCAACGUGUUCUACGCCAUGAAGAGCUCGGCGGACUACAACUUCCUGCUGCGGCGCCGGGGCUCCCCGGGCCGGCCGGUGCAGCUGCGCAGCCGCUGCAGCUCCACGCUCCCGCGCGCGCACCGCCGCAGCGGGCUGGCGCAGCGGCUCAGCAAGGUCACGCUGUAGGGGUGGGGGGAGUCGGGACCCGCGCGGAGCCGGAAGGAGGAGCCCGAGCUGCACGCUGCUCUGGAGGGAAUGCUGGGACUGGAGUGCGCGGACACACGCACACGCACGCACGCACACGGAUGUCAUGGAUGUACGCACCCACCCUGGGGGACACGGAACUUUCCUGCUCCACUCGGUCGUCGAGGUGAUCGCACGUUGGGCACGGACAAUCACUCCCCGUCUUCCAAGAGCACCUGUAUCCCCGCCGCCUCCCAGCAUCCCCUGUUCUCUCCGUGUGGACUGACUGACAGCUGGACAGAGCGACCGGCGGAGGCCGGAGAUCUCCAUGGACACUCCGCCACAGGAGAGGACGCCCCUCGUCCUCUCGCCCAUCAGUAUUCCUCGAGGUUUUUUUCCUUCCUGCCUUUCUUUUUGGUUUCCAAUGAAGAAGGAAAAGAAGAAGGAGAAUUGACAAUUUUCGGCCUUGUUGCCGAGUUACGCCGUGGUCUCCCCUGGCGACGGUUAUGGCGAACGGACUUGCACUUUGCCGCUGUUUCUCGGGUAUUGUGGGGGGGGGGAGGGGCGGGAGUCUGGUGUGACCCCCCCACCCCCCCAGGGGAGGGGGCCGUCCUCCGUCGGUUCCCCCGCACGCCCCGAGCCGCUUGACGAACGCCACGCUUGGCGUUCCGAUUGGCUCCUGUUGGCGUAGUUAACCGAGUACUUCCUCUUCCUGUGCCCAGGGGCUGGCCGUUUAUCCAGUACGGUUGCACUUCUGAGUUUUGGGGUCCUGAAAGCCACCCGAAAAUAGUUUUAUUCGUUUUGUAAAUGUCACAGGGUGGGGGAGGAAAACCAGAAAGUGAAAGCACAAGAGCAGCCGGGAAUCCUUGUUACCGUUGAGUUCUGAAAACGCAUACAGAGCACAAGAACAGAAGAAUUGUGUGAGGGGCUUGGGGCUGUGGGCAGCGGUCAGGCAGUGAGGUACAGUGGAGCUCAUCUCACGCCAAUACCCCUCCGUACUGCUGCUGCCUGGACGCUGCCCCUCCCUACACACAGGGCACGCUGCGGAGCACAAGGGCCAGUUUCCCUGUACGCAGUCCAUCGUUUGAGCUUUCAGCCACGUGAAGAGCUAUGCUGGCUUUUGCAACACUGUGCCGACUGGUCACUCAACCCUGUCUUGUGGACAGAGCAGAAAAGCAGCCAAUGUACAGUACAGCACAGUACUGGGAGCUGGCUGCCCUUCCCCUGCUGAAGGGCUUUUGUUAAAACUGCCUGCAGGGAGACUGAAUUAGGGCAAACCCUGUGCUUGGUUCUGAGAUCGCACUUGUCACUGAGUUUUUUUACCAUCUACUUACAUAUCUAUCACUGCCAAAGCAGUCUUCAUUAAAGCCUGCCAUCUGCACAUGCGGCACUUCUUCUGCUUGAGGGUGAGAGAGGGCUGAGUCUUAGCCACUCCGAUUUUCUGAUCAAAGCACCCCGUCCCCCUCGCUGCUGCUCCCUGGCACUGGGGACCCCCAGUUCCUACUACACAGCUCCACACUGCCUCCCGGUGGAGCCUGGGGAGAGGGGUAGAUCUGACGCAUCCUGUCAGUCCUCAUUUUGAGCAAUGGUGUGCUGAUGCGCUUGUUCUGGGUAGAAAAGGGGGUUGAUCGUAGUUCCAUUUGCUUGCAGAGUUAGGAUUAGGUGGCAGAGAAUUUGAUCUGCGUGGUUUUCACGAGUACUUCCGAGUCACUUUAAAACCUGAAGUUCUGUUUAAAAACGGCACCAUUUGCUAAGACAGUGCAACCUUUGCACAGUGAAGCCCUCUGUAGAAAAUGAAAGAGUCUGUUUUCUGCAUAAUUAUUACCAAAGUCCGGAACAGGUUACUGCCAUUCUCCUUGGGGGAGGUGGGUACAGGUUACCCCAGGGUCAGGGCUGAAGAGUGCAAGGGACUCCCAGUGGCUACGUCACCAGGUGAUUUCAGUUUCCUGGAGUAUAUCACUUUUCACGAAAAGCACAGUGUUUUGCAGAGUUGUCGAAAUGCUGCAGCAGUACGUCAUCUCCUGAUCCCGCAGAGACACCAGUCCUGCAUCUUAAUGACUGAAGAGAUUGAUGUGCUGCCUUUGUUGGCCUUAAAUUUCACCCGUGAGGUUUUUAUCCAUUGUGGGUUUUAAGCUACAUCUACUGCAGAGCUGUGACAUUCCUGUGUGCCUCUCAGUAGAGCACCCUUUGAGCACACUACAUGUCCUGUGGUAGCAAGGCUGGAGUCCGGAGCACAGCUCUCAGCACCUACCCACUCUCUCCCAAGAGAGCUCCGGUUAAUGUCUUUUUUUUAUAAAAAAGAAAUGUAU